GACCCCUACCCACAGCCAGGCGGAACGCGCACAGUCCCUCCACGCGGAAAGAAGGACCUUCGUCGGUCACCGGCUCCUGGAGGGUGCAAAUAUAUACAGAGCUUCAUAAUCAGCCCAAGACCACAUAGAGCAAACAUGAAUGAUAUUUCCCAAAAGGCUGAGAUUCUGCUUUCUUCAUCUAAACCUGUCCCAAAAACCUAUGUACCAAAACUUGGCAAGGGUGAUGUAAAGGAUAAGUUUGAAGCCAUGCAGAGAGCCAGGGAAGAAAGAAAUCAAAGGAGAUCUAGAGAUGAAAAACAAAGAAGAAAAGAACAAUAUAUUAGAGAGAGAGAAUGGAACAGGAGAAAGCAGGAGAUUAAAGAAAUGCUUGCUUCUGAUGAUGAGGAAGAUGUAUCUUCUAAAGUAGAAAAGGCUUAUGUUCCAAAAUUAACAGGAACUGUGAAGGGUAGAUUUGCUGAAAUGGAGAAACAAAGACAAGAGGAACAAAGGAAGAGAACGGAGGAGGAACGAAAACGCAGAAUUGAGCAGGAUAUGUUAGAAAAGAGGAAAAUACAGCGUGAAUUAGCAAAAAGGGCUGAACAGAUUGAGGACAUAAACAAUACGGGAACUGAAUCAGCAUCAGAGGAAGGAGAUGAUUCACUACUUAUAACUGUGGUACCUGUCAAAUCAUAUAAAACAUCUGGAAAAAUGAAAAAGAAUUUUGAGGAUCUAGAAAAAGAACGUGAAGAGAAAGAAAGGAUCAAGUACGAGGAAGAUAAAAGAAUAAGAUAUGAAGAACAACGACCAUCUCUCAAGGAAGCAAAGUGUCUUUCAUUAGUUAUGGAUGAUGAAAUAGAAAGUGAAGCAAAAAAAGAAUCACUUUCUCCUGGAAAAUUGAAACUAACUUUUGAAGAACUGGAGCGACAAAGACAAGAAAACCGAAAGAAGCAAGCUGAAGAGGAAGCAAGAAAACGUUUAGAAGAAGAGAAGCGUGCUUUUGAAGAAGCAAGGCGGCAAAUGGUAAAUGAAGAUGAGGAAAACCAAGACACAGCAAAAAUUUUUAAAGGGUACCGCCCUGGUAAACUCAAACUCAGUUUUGAAGAAAUGGAAAGGCAAAGAAGAGAAGAUGAAAAAAGGAAAGCAGAAGAAGAAGCCAGAAAGAGAAUAGAGGAAGAAAAGAAGGCGUUUGCUGAAGCAAGGAGAAAUAUGGUAGUAGAUGAUGACUCCCCAGAGAUGUAUAAGACAAUCUCUCAAGAAUUUCUUACACCGGGAAAACUGGAAAUUAAUUUUGAAGAAUUAUUAAAACAAAAAAUGGAAGAAGAAAAACGACGAACAGAGGAGGAACGGAAGCAUAAGCUAGAAAUGGAGAAACAAGAAUUUGAACAACUGAGACAGGAAAUGGGAGAGGAAGAGGAAGAAAAUGAAACCUUUGGAUUGAGCAGAGAAUAUGAAGAACUGAUCAAAUUAAAAAGGAGUGGCUCUAUUCAAGCUAAAAACCUAAAAAGCAAGUUUGAAAAAAUUGGACAGUUGUCUGAAAAAGAAAUACAGAAAAAAAUAGAAGAAGAGCGAGCAAGAAGGAGAGCAAUUGACCUUGAAAUUAAAGAGCGAGAAGCUGAAAAUUUUCAUGAGGAAGAUGAUGUUGAUGUUAGGCCUGCAAGAAAAAGCGAGGCUCCAUUUACUCACAAAGUGAAUAUGAAAGCUAGAUUUGAACAAAUGGCUAAGGCAAGAGAAGAAGAAGAACAAAGAAGAAUUGAAGAACAAAAGUUACUACGCAUGCAGUUUGAACAAAGGGAAAUUGAUGCAGCACUACAAAAGAAAAGAGAAGAGGAGGAGGAGGAAGAAGCUAGCAUCAUGAAUGGCUCCACUACUGAAGAUGAAGAGCAAACCAGAUCAGGAGCUCCAUGGUUCAAGAAGCCUCUUAAAAACACAUCAGUUGUAGACAGUGAGCCAGUCAGAUUUACGGUUAAAGUAACAGGAGAACCCAAACCAGAAAUUACAUGGUGGUUUGAAGGAGAAAUACUGCAGGAUGGAGAAGACUAUCAAUAUAUUGAAAGGGGAGAAACUUACUGCCUUUACUUACCAGAAACUUUCCCAGAAGAUGGAGGAGAGUAUAUGUGUAAAGCAGUCAACAAUAAAGGAUCUGCAGCUAGUACCUGUAUUCUUACCAUUGAAACUGAUGACUACUAGCUCCCCUCCCCUCUCCCUGGAACUUUCUCUUUCACUCCAACUUUCUUACUACAUCCAUCUUUUCUGUGGCGGGGCCAAAAAAGGAAACCAGGAGUGCCACUAUGCUGACUUCUUAUUCCUUUUCAUAACAGUCUUCAAAGCACAGCUCAUCUAAAGACUGCCUACUUCUUUUCCAAAUAAGCAUCAGAUUUAUCGCCUAUUAUGCAGUAACAGUCAAUAAAAUGUACUUAUGGGGGGGAAUUACUCAAUUAUUCUAUCAGAACCUAUUAUAAAGACUGUAUUUCCCAUAGACGUUUACAGCAACUAUGUUUGAAAAACAAAAACAAAACAAAACAAACACACAAACCUAAGUAGAAUACAUUAUUUUGCAUGAAGGAAUGUCAUUUCUGAGCUUUUUACACCUAAAAUUAGGCUGAAAUAGCUGAGAUAAUUAAUUUGGAACCUAUCAAUUUGAGUGGACUUUUUCUUUAGUAGUACACCAUUUUGGUUGUUGUAGUUUCAAAGUCUUUCUGAAGCAGACAUAUUGGGAUUGGAGCGGGGUGGGGAAAACUGUCACUCCUUUCAGAGGAAAAGGGGAGGAGCAUGGAGAAAAACAAAAAUUAAAGGACUUAAAGAAUGGCUAUACAGUGUUGAGUGUUGAGGAUAUUAAACAUGUUAUUUUUCAAACGUAUGUAACAUAUUAAAUUUAUAAAGCAAAUUUAUGUUGUGUUCUUGCCUGAACAAAUUAUAUUUUAAUGAAAAAACUUUGUAUUAAUAGUUCACGCAAGAGAAAACACUUUCAACAUAGUCGAAGGCUUCAAGAUCUAAGUGUAUCAGACUUAGGGAAAAAGUGGCACAACCUUCGAUUUAAAAUUCUAGUCUUUAAAAUGAGUUUGUAAAUAAUUAGCUAUUACGUUCUAUUAAGUUUGUUUUAUAUUUUAAUUUUCUGGAAGACAAUUUUAUUUUACAACGUGAACCCAAAUAAAGUAACUUCUGUAUUUAAAA